AUGAAUUUCACCAACCACCCCAAUGACCCUCCUCUCGAGAGAGAUCCGGGUGAUAUUAUGGAGGAAGAAGUGCUUGUUGAUCUGGAUGAUGAUUCUGGUUUAGACCAGACCAGGAGGAGCUGCCUCAAGAGAGCUGAGGGACUCCUGUAUCUAAAGCACUUGAUUUUUAAAUAUAAGCCGCAAAUUCUGGGCCUGUUAGAGCCAAAGGUUUCUGGGGCCUCUGCGGACUCCAUCUGCAAGAAUUUGAAAUUUGAUAAUUGGAUUAGAAUUGAGGCUUAUGGUUUCAGUGGAGGAAUUUGGCUCCUCUGGAACGACCCUAUAUCUCUUGAUAUUCUAUAUACUAAUCCCCAAUUCCUCUUGGCUCAGGUUAAGGAAAAUAGUGGUGAAACUUGGAAUAUCUCUGUGACUGUUCUUAAUAAAGAAGAAGUCUCCUGUCCAAGAAAUUUCUCACAACAAAGAUGUGUUGGCUUCCAAAAUUGGAUGUUUAAUCAAGGAUUGUUGGACAUGGGAUUCUCUGGACCAAAAUUCACCUGGCAUAGGGGGAAUACACAGGAUACCUUCAAGGCGGCCAGACUUGAUAGAGCGGUCUGCAACACAGAAUUUCAAGCCUUAUGGAAUAUCAUUAACGUCGAGCAUCUCCCUAUCAUUGGAUCAGAUCAUGCCCCUAUUCUUGUCUCUUUCUCUAAUGACAACAACUUCAAGGGCCCCAAAAAGUUUAGGUUCAUGGCUCCUUGGCUAAUUCACCCAGACUUUGAGAAGCUAGUCAAAGAGAAUUGGAAAAGGGAUGAACCCCUUAGGAACAAUAAUGAAAACUUGGCUAGACUGCUACAGUCUUGGAACAAAGAAGAAAGUGGCCUCAUCAGACUGGAGAAGAAACUUCAGAAAGAGCUCAAUUCUUUGCUUGACCAAGAGGAACUAAAAUGGUUCCAAAAAUCUAGAGAAACGUGGAUAGCUUCUGGGGACCGCAACACAAAAUUCUACCAUGCAUCGGUUCUUGCUGACAGAAAAAGACACAAGAUAGGCGCUAUUACAAACAGCUCUGGAGUCCUUGUUGCAGACAAACAAGAAAUAAAAAAUAUAAUUGUGGAUCAUUUUACAAGGUUGUUUGUGAAGGAUAGAGAAGCUGAUCUAUCAUUGGCUAUCCCAGGUUGCUUUCCUACUCUUGAGGAGGAAGAUUGGUUGAACUUAAAUAAACCAUUUACUGAAGAAGAUAUUAAAAAGGCCACUUUCGAUAUGGCCCCCUUUAAAGCUCCUGGACCAGAUGGAUUCAUCGCCGCUUUCUACCAAAAUUUCUGGUCCUCGGUGGGGAACUCGGUUUCCAGACAAGCAUUGAAUUUUUUCCAUACCAGUAAAAUGGACGAAAAUUUAAACUGA